AUGACCGAGAAAGCUAUCAGAAUUCUGCAAAAAGAAGAAAAGGGAUUCUUUCUCGCUGUUGAAGGCGGACGAAUAGACCACGCCCAUCAUGCUGGUAACGCCUACAACGCCCUUGGAGACACUAUAGCAAUGUCAGACGCCGUUGCUAAGGCCUUGGAAAUAACGGAUGAUGGGGAUACGCUCAUCAUAGUUACAGCAGAUCACGCCCACACCAUGGGAAUUGCUGGAUACCCCGAUAGAGGGAACCCCGUUCUUGGGCUGUCUGGAUAUGAUGGAUCUGACAAACUACCUUACACUACGUUGGGUUAUUUGAAUGGUCCUGGUGGUGAUGCAGUCCGAGACAGCUACAUAAAUACGGGGAUGAGGACGAUUUUCAAUGACAGCAUCGAUACUGAGAAUCGAGACUACAAGCAAGAGGCCAUAGUCCCACUCUCCUCCGAGACCCACGGCGGUGACGAUGUCGCCAUCUACGCCAGUGGACCGAGGGCACAUCUUUUCCACGGAGUCCAAGAACAGAAUUACAUUGCUCACGUGAUGCGCAACGCUGGUUGCUAUGACGACACUGACAUAAUGAAUGCUUGUUUAAACUCAGCAUCAUCUGUCUUCCCAAGUAGAGUUCGUGUCUCGUUUAUGGUUCUUCUCUCUGCUAGAAUCACUUACUUCUUUUAA